CCAGCAGAAGCCAUCCAGCUAGCAGCAGCAGUCCCGCCAGCAGCAGCGAUCCAGUCAGCCGAAGCGGUCCAGCCAGCAGCAGCAAACCAGCCAGCUGUAGCGGUUCAGCCAGCAGCUGCGGUUCAGCCAGCAGCAGUGGUCCAGCCAGUAGCAGCGGUUCAGCCAGCAGCAGCCCUGAAGCCAGCAGCUGCGAUCCCACAAGCAGCAGCGGUCCAGUCAGCAGCAGCGAUCAAGAUAGCAGGAGUGGUAGAGCCAGCGGCAGUGAUCCAGCCAGGAGCAGCGGUCCAGCCAGUUGCAGCGGUCCAGCCAGCGGCAGUCACCCAGCCAGCAGCAGCGAUCCAGCCAGCAGCAGUUGUCCUGGCAGCAACAGAAACAACAGCAGCAGUGCAGCAGCGGUCCAGCCAGCAGCAGCGGUCCAGCCAGCAGCAGCGAUCAAGCCAGCAGCAGCGAUCAAGCCAGCAGCAGCUGUCCAGCCAGCAGCAGCGAUCCAGCCAGCAGGAGUGGUCCAGCCAGCAGCAGCGGUCCAGCCAGCAGCUGCGGCCCAGCCAGCCAGCAGAGUCUAGCCAGCCAGCAGCAGUCCAGCCAGCAGCAGCGGUCCAGCCAGCAUCAGCCAUCCCGAUAGCAGGAGCAACAGCAGCAGCAGCAGCAGUAGCGAUCACAGCGGUCCAGCUAGCCAGCCAGCAGCAGUGA